AAUCAGUAAGAAUCACUAUCAUUAUUGUAUUCGACAGAGGGAGUUUCACUUGAGCAAAAAAAAGGGCGGGUGCAUUCGGGAGUGUGAACAUAUAAAUUCUGCACAUCAGAACAGUUUUGUUCCUGUAGUUUCCUACUCGCUGUAAAAACAUGGACAUUCAUAUUUAUCUUUUUUUCAUGGUUUUCUCUUUUUUCAGUCCAGUUUCCACAGAUGAAGAUUAUGCACAAAACACAGCAUGUUGUACUUUCAAGGGUCCAGGUUUUAAAGAUACAGAAUAUAUCCUAACAGGCCGUUCUAACAAGAAAUUAAUACAACAGUACAACAGCACAAGAGGCAACUGGAUAGGAUUCACAGCCGCGUCAAUUGAAUUCCUAAAAAAUUGGAAUGCAGACCCUUUUGACGCAAUUGAGAGAGCAUUUGAAAAGAACAUAUUGUGUACUAACAACAUACAAUAUAUCCAACAAUUCGAUCAUUUUAGCUCUGUACCCACCAUCAAGCUGAAUUCAGUGAAACACCCGUCAAUGCUUGUGUGCAGCGCCUAUAACUUUUAUCCAAAACAAAUCAGACUGACAUGGUUGCGCAACGGACAGGAAGUGACCUCAUCGGUCAGUUUUUCUGAAGUGAUGCCUGAUGGGAACUGGUCCUAUCAGAUUCAUUCCUACCUAGAGCCCAUCCCGACUGCAGGAGAAAAAAUUACCUGCAUGGUGGAACACUUCACCCUCUCUGAACCAGUGCUUCAGGUCUGGGACCCCUCCCUUCCUGCGCCAGAACAGCUUAAAAUUGCCGUGGGACUGUUUGGUCUGAUACUUGGUUUUGUUAUGUUGAGCUCUGGAUUCAUCUACUACAAGAAAAAGUCUAAAGCACACAUCACUCUCUGUCAAGCAUUUUUAACAAGAAGAGUUUUGGUUCCACUGGAAGACGUGCCUGAAGUUGGAGCAACUUAGCAGUCAGAGCAAACAGUACUAUUGUUGACACAUUUAAUCCAAGAUGGUCUAAAUAUGAAACUUAUUGUGUGUCUCAAGUCAUAGUCAUUAUUGGGUGAUGGCUAGGGUGGUGUGUGGUGCUUUUCAGCUUGUGGAUGUAAGCCACUGACUACUAAACUGCAGUUAACAUUGUAUGUUAGCGGCAGGAAGUACUUUACUGUAAUUGUUGUCAUAUAGUAUCUGUAAAGCCUUUGGGGUUGGGUGGUGUAAAUUCUGCUUGCAGCCAGUGAAAGCAGCUAGAAUUAGCAAUGCUUGGAGAUGCUUAAAUCGACUAAUUUGUUACGUGAAUGAUUGGGUUGUUGCAGUGGUGUAGUCUAAUCUAUUUUAGCGGGUAUACUGUACUAUAUAAAUAUAUGGAUCAGAAUGGGCAUAUCAAAGUGGGGCAUUUGGGUGUCCUCCCCCAGGGAAACUUUGAGCGUCAAAGACUUCAUUUCCUGUAUUCUGAUACACUUUAAUGCUCCAAUUUAGCCUAUCAAAAGAAAACACAGAUGACAAUUAAAAAUAUAUCAAAAAUAUAAUGGAAAAUAUGUUGUUACAUGUCAUUGUGCAUUUUUAAGUGGGUAUAUGGAAAUCCUAGAGCUUUCUUAGUGGGUAUACUGCGUAUACCUGCGUAUGACGUAGACUACACCACUGGGUUGUUGAUACUUCUGAUGGGUUGGCUUUAAUGACUUGUGCCUGAGCAUAUGCUAUGAGCUCCAUGUCAGAUUAGUUUUGGUAGGUGUUGUUAGAUUUGGCCAAUGGCCUCUGUUAUAGACAGUCAACGUGGGGUAAAAACUAAUUAUACAUCACACUGACAUUUGCAAGAAGGCAAAUUACUUUAAUUCCAGCCCUAUAUGUAAUGUAAUUGUUUAGUCAAUAUUUCAGUUUUUCAGCUGUUUAACAAACACAAAUUUUCCCAUAAGCCAGACACUGUUGCAGGUUAAAUAUCAGUAGUUUAGGUUGAAUAUGAGAAUGGACAAGGAGGGCCAGUAUAUUCCAUCUUUAGACAGUAAAGCUUCCAGCAAAAAAGGUUGGAAAGAUGACAGUACUGUAGAAGCUGGGAGGGGAUAUCAAGGAUAAGGGUGAAAAAGUUACGGUGAUGUAUAAUUGAAAGGUUUGUGCUGUAGUUGGAUAGUAAACUUAAUGUAACAGAAAUUGUAAAAGAAACCCUUUUUAACUGUAUGAACACUAAAAAAAUAAAUAAUUUGGUGAAA